AUGCAGCCAUUAACAAUCAAUUCUGCUACAUAUCAUGAUUGGCCGUUGGAGAAAGUAAUAGCAUCUCAGACCUCAGGAUCUACGAAUCCACAUAUCAUAACAUUAGAUGUAGCUGGAUGUGUAAAAUUAUGGGAUUGUCCAUCUUUAAUGCCUAUUAAAUCAUGGUCUAUCAAUUCUACAACAUGGCCUGUUAACGGUUCCGCUUUCACUCCAGAUAUUUCUUUACUAUCUACUAGUAAUACUAAUAACAUGAUAAAUCAUCAAAAUAAUUGUGAAAACUUUUUAUUGUCAACUUUAAAUCCAUUAGAUGUGAAACGAAAAAUUUGUUUAUGGGAUAUUCGUGUCAAUGAUGUAUCUAAUCCAAUUGUAAUUCAGUCAAGUGACUGUUCAAAUAUUACACAUGAUUUACCAACAGCACUCAGUUGGUUUUCAACAAAUCAUUUGCUAUUAGGAACUUACGAAGGUCAUUUAUGGGUUUAUGAUAUUCGUAACCCUAAAAUGGAACUUACAAAUGUAGAUGUUACAAAUACAAAUGAAACUUUCAAAUCGUCCUCACAUAGAUGUAAACAAAUUGUUCAAAUCCUUACGCAUAAUUAUCCAGAAACAUCAACUGAAAAUAUUCCUAAUACUUCCAAAUAUAUGGGACUAAUUCAAAUCAAUGGUUCAAUAGAUGUUUACCAACAGAAUAUAUCAACAUUUAAUGUGUCAAAUGACAUGUUUACACAUGUAUAUCAUGAUGAUGGAAAAUCAAUCAUGAACAUCGAUAAUAGAUGUUAUGGAAGAGUUAAACCAUGUGGUUUGUUUCUAUCUUCUGAUCUUCUGAAUCCUGAACAACCAUGGAGAUUACUACUGUCAACUGGUAUUCCUGACAAUAACCAUAAUCUAUCUUUGACAAAUACUACAUCAUAUACUGCUAACAUGAAUUAUCAUACAACGACACCAACUAUGCUUAAUUAUCAACUUCGUGUACAUCCAAAUCUAAUUCAAACAAAUAUUCCAGGAUUCAACAAUCUUUCUAGAAUUCACUACAUAAAAUUACUUAAUAUUUAA